AUGUCCACGCCAUUAUCGUGCCAACUGACAGAUGUCCCCCUAUAUCUCCAUGCUGAGCUGCUCCCCAACAUCCGCCAGAUAACACUCUACGUGUCUCUGCCACCCGGCCCUACCUUGGAUGGGGUUCGCCCUGAAAUUCAAUUGUCAGAGUCUCGCAAAGCAGUUACUGUUUCCCUCCCGGAGCCCUUUCAGCAUGUAACAGAGACUAUCAAACUACCCGCACGUGUCGGCGACGCGUCUCGGCGCGCGUUGACCGCACCAGCAAAGCCAACAGGGCCUAGUUGCUCCUCAGACUUCAAUCAUGACUACUCUUUCAGAAUGCAGAUUGACCCCAAUGAGGAGGCUCUGGUACCCCGUGAUGAACUAAUAGAUGAAUACGUCCCAUGGACCGCAGCAGACAUGUCAUCCAGGACUCGCAUUCAAUGUCGAAGGUGCAGCACCGCGUUCUUGAAAUCAUCAGAUCCAUUGAAGGUACCAAGCUCCGACGAAAAUCAAAGUACCACAGCAGAAUGGAUCUGGAAGGAUCUUCCCAGCGGAAACUGGGCUGAAAUGAUGGAUUUUUGGCAUUGCCACAAACCUGAUCCUCACGAAGGUCAGCCAAAGGAUGAGGCGAACGCCGCCCAUCAGAUUGAAGGCCAGACUGCGCAGAUCAAGGGCUACGGUGCUGCCAGCCAAGUCGUGGCAAUUCCCGGGACUGUCCUCAUUGAUGUGGCGACCUUUCUGGUCGCAGAAUCAGAUUGCACCGGGUUAAAGAAGGGCCACGAAGAACAAUUUGCUCCGACCACGUCCGGGCAAGGGAAUCUGGAGUGUGACCAAUGCCACACUGUCAUCGGAAUGGAAGAUCCCUCUGCCAAUGGGUGGCGACUACUCAAAGCGAAUGUCUCAGUGAAUACAUACCCGAAUGAUCACGAAAAUGGGGACUUGCAGUGGCACAACCACCCGAUCGAAGUGAUAGUUGCGGCACAACUGCUAGAGAUGAUCGAGCGAGAGAGUGCACGCCGAUUUGUGGUCCACUGUGGACAAGAAAACGGACUAUUGCUUUGGGUCUUCAACCCGGAUUUACGCUACUCGAAUACCAGCUCGGGCCAUAGUGUCAUGGCCCAGGAGGCAAUGAAAGUCUUCUUCCAGGAGACCGUGGAUGUUGAGAGACUGCUUCAUCCUGAAAUGGGCAAAGUCACUCCGCUCUCGGUGGAGGAGCUCGAGUUGCCGUCAGUUAUUUUUAAAGCUGUGUCUGAUGCGCUGAAAAGCAGUAAUCAGAUGCUUCCUCCUUCGGCUAGGAGGUUCAAUGAAUGGCAAGUGGGGCUUCUGAGUCGCUUUCGGCGGAGCACAUAA